GAGAAUGAUCCAAUAGAACCCCUGCCCCUCUUUUUCUCUUUAAGAAAGAAUUGGUUAAAAAAAACAGAAGAAAAAGAAAAGAAAGAAAUGGCAGAGGACAGCAAGAUGAAGAAGAGGAAGAUGGCACAUCUUAUGUUCAUUCCUAUUCCUGGUGCUGGCCACUUACCUUCUAUCCUCGAAUUCGCCAACCUCCUUGUCAACCGUUUCAACAACAUUUCCAUAACCGUUUUCACUAGUAAAUUCCCAUUUUCUCCCUCGCCACCUUCACUCACCUCUUCACACCCUCAAAUCCAACUCAUUCCUCUCCCUGAAACUCCAGAACCUCCAUCAUCACAGCAACUCCUACUCAAGGCGCGUGAACUCUACGUCUUGACCUUCAUCGCCUCCCUCAUACCCCACGUCAAGUCAGCAAUCCAAACUAUUCUCUCUUCAUAUUCUUCCCACUCUGAUGAAUCAAAGCCACUCUUUGCUUUGGUUCUUGAUUUCUUCUGUGUUUCAAUGGUUGAUGUGGGAAUUGAACUUGGCAUACCUUCUUAUAUCUACAUGACUUCAAAUGCUGGGUUCUUAGGGUAUAUGUUUUCCAUUCUUGAACGUCAAAUUGAUGAUUUUUUCAGUUAUUCUGAUCCUGAUUUGUUGAUUCAAGGUAUUUCAAUUCCAGCUCCUUCUAGGGUUUUACCUGAUGCCUCUUUUAAUAGUGAUGGUGGAUUUGUUGGGUAUUAUAAGUGUGCUCAGAGGUUCAGAGACACCAAAGGAAUUAUUGUUAAUACUUUUUCAGAGUUGGAGAAUUAUGCUAUUGAUGCAUUAUUAUCAGAUGGAGGAAGAAAAAGAAAUCCUCCUAUUUUUGCUGUUGGUCCUUUGAUUAAUCUCAAAGGACAGCAAAACCCGAAUUUAGAUCAAAAUCUCCAUGAAAAGAUUAUGAAAUGGCUUGAUCUGCAGCCAGAUUGUUCUGUUGUGUUUUUGUGUUUUGGGAGUAGAGGAAGCUUUGGUCCAUCCCAAACAAGGGAAAUAGGGAUGGCGCUUCGUCAUACCGGAGUUAGGUUCUUGUGGGCUAUGCGUUCGCCACCGGACAAAGUUAUCGACGAGGAGAGCGCCUUGCCAGAAGGGUUCUUGGAAUGGAUGGAAGGGAAGGGAAUGAUUUGCGAGUGGGCGCCACAGGUGGAGGUUCUUGCUCACAAAGCAAUUGGUGGGUUUGUUUCACAUUGUGGUUGGAACUCUAUUUUGGAGAGCUUGUGGUUUGGGGUGCCAAUAUUGACAUGGCCUAUUUAUGCAGAACAACAUCUUAAUGCUUUUAGGAUGGUUAAUGAAUUUGGAUUAGCAAUUCAGCUAACAUUGGAUUAUAGAUUUGGUAGUAAUGAUGUUGUAACGGCAAAUGAGAUAGAGAAUGGGUUGAAACAAUUGAUGGACAGAGAUAAUGUUGUGCACAAGAAGGUGAAAGAGAUGAAAGAGAUGGCUAGGAAGGCUCUCCUCAAUGGUGGAUCUUCUUUUAAUUCUGCUGGAGAACUAAUUGAUAAUAUGUUAGGUAGCUACUGAAAACAAUUGUUGCAUUUCAUAGCUUACAGAAGUCCUAGUUGACCCCCAUCAAACGAACAAAGAAAAUGGUGGAAACUGAGAUGAACAACCAAGCUAAGCCGAUCUUCAUUCCCUCACCGGGUAUUCACCAAUUAUCUUUGGCUCUUGAAUUUGCAAAACUCCUAAUCAACCAUUGUAAUCACCUUCCAUAACAGUCCUCUCCAUGAAGCUCUCAUCAACUCCCUCUUCUGAUUCAUACAUCAAAUCAGUUUUUUCAUCACAACCACAUAUCAAACACAUUGAUGUCCCCGAAGUAGAACUUCCUCCACAUGAGCUACUUCUGAAAUUUCCAUUAUAUUAUGUCUGGACAUUCAUGUAAAGCCUUGUGCCACAAGUCAAAGACACAGUGCAGAGCAUUCUAUCUUCCUACCCAAACUCUGAUUCGAAACCAGUGAUUGCUUUAAUGGUAGAUUUUGUAUGCACUUCCAUGAUUGAUGUAGGAAAAGAGCUUAGCAUCCCUUCUUAUUUGUACAUGCCAACAAACGCAGGAUUUCUCAGUCUCAUGAUUUCCCUCCAAACCCGUUGAAUCGAGGAUGUGUUCAACGAUUCUGAUCCUGAUUUGUUGAUUCCAGGUAUCUCCAAACUAGUUCCUUCAUCAGUUUUAACUGAUGCUCUUUUAAACAAAGAUGGUGGAUAUGUUGCAUGUUAUAAGCUUGCUCAAAGUUUCAAAGGCUCCAAAGGGAUCAUUAACACUUUUUCCGAGAUCGAGCAGCAUUCUAUUGAUGCAUUAUCUAAAGGUCAAACCCCUCCUAUCUAUGCCAUUGGUCCUUUGAUUGAUCUCAAAG